CAUAUAAACCCCCUCCCCACUGUCAUCUCUUCACGAAUCCCAUCUCGGUAAUCAUUUUCAAUUUCUCGUAUUCGAUAAAUUCGGCCAUAUCCGUCUCCGUUGCGUCUGAUCGUAAUGGGUUCGUCGCCGAUUCUCGCGCCCGUACAAAUCGAAAGCGUCGUCUUUCCCCCAACGGUGAAACCCCCCGGUUCUUCCAAGACCCUCUUCCUCGGCGGCGCAGGUUGCAGGGGAGUGGAGAUCCAAGGCAAGUUCAUUAAGGUCACCGCCAUCGGCGUUUACCUGGAGGAUGACGCCGUUCCGUUACUCGCCGUUAAGUGGAAGGGGAAGACGGCCCAGGAGCUAACGGAUUCCCUCGAAUUCUUUAGGGAUAUCGUGACAGGUCCCUUCGAGAAAUUCACGAGAGUGACCAUGAUCUUGCCGUUGACCGGUCAACAAUACUCGGAGAAGGUGGCAGAGAACUGCGUGGCCAUCUGGAAAGCCGUUGGAUCAUUCACAGAUGCUGAGGCCAUAGCCGUUGAAAAGUUCAAAGAGGCGUUCCACGACCAAACGUUCCCGCCAGGCGCUUCCAUUCUAUUCACGCUCUCUCGGUCUGGAUCUCUAACGAUUGGAUUCUCCAAAGAUAGUUCCGUACCAGAACAAGGCAAUGCAGUUAUAGAGAACAGACAGCUGAUGGAAGCAGUUAUUGAAUCCAUCAUCGGCCAACAUGGUGUUUCUCCGGAAGCCAAACAGUGUUUGGCGACACGGGUAUCUGAACUUCUGAAGGAAUUCGAUCCUGUAGAGGCCCAAAAGGAAGGAUAGUAAGAAGGUGAAAAGCUGAGGAGUUUUAUGAAGAAUUUAUAUGAAAUAAGCCUUUGUUUUUGUUAGUUUGAAUAAGUGAUUUUGGACUGUUAAUCAUAAUUAUGGAUUGUGGUAAUCAAUGUUGUGGAUUAUAGUUUUCGUUUUCGUUUAAUGUUGCCAAGAUGGGUCAAUAUCUACUUUGUAUCAGGCUUGCUUUUAUGCGGCUGACUCGCGCUCCGACAUAUUGAAUAGAUGAUUCAUCCCA